AAAAUCAAGUCACAUCAUGUGGUAAUUCUAUUAAUAAUAGUUGGAUUGGUGUUGCUAUUCCACUUUAGACAUAAGAUUGCAGCCGCCCAUGAUAGGUACCGUACCAGAACAAGAUUGAGAUAUAGCAGGUUAAGUGGAAGAGAAAGUAAUGGGUUUGAAGAUGAUUUGGAAGAAGGAUUAUCAAGUAAUAAUUUUGACAUUCAAUCAAACAUUGCUAGUAACGAUACUAGAAAAGGAUUGCUGGAAGAAGCCAAGCAAGAGAUAAGAGUAAUCAUGAAUGAUCAAGGACUCUCCUUUGAUGAAGCUAGAUUAUCUUAUUUACAACAGAAGCUUGAUAAGAAUGGCAUUGACAAGAAUGGGAUGCCUUUGGACCCUAAAACUGUUACCUUC